CCUCAUUCUCCCCCGCCCCCUUCAGCAGUACAUGUGCGGGGAGAGACAGCAAGGCAACCAGUCUCAGGCACGAUCCAAAGGCACACACAGACGACUGAGCAGCCAGGCAGCGCUAAACCGAUCUCCUUCACCACGCUCACCGCUAGAGAGGACCAUAUACCCUACCUACAGCUCUCACGUACACCACCAGAAACUUCUAGAUAGCUGUGUUUGUUUCACUCUCAGACUCAAUCGCACACACCCACUUUUCCAGAAGGAUUUAACUAACAACUUCCCUCUCCACGCUGAGCUAGCCCCCCCCCCCCCCCUCUUCCUAAGCCUCUCUUUGAGCCUCCAGAGCUACCAUGGAAACCCCAGGUCAGAAGCGUAGCGGCCGUCCCGGGGCCGCCUCCCCUGCCCGCAUCUCACGGCUGCAGGAGAAGGAGGACCUGUGCAACCUCAACGACCGGCUGGCCAUCUACAUCGACAAGGUGCGCUCGCUGGAGACGGAGAACGCCGGGCUGCGGCUACGCAUCACCGAGUCUGAGACAGAGAUCAGCCGUGAGCUCACGGGCGUCAAGACGGUCUAUGAGACCGAACUGGCUGACGCCCGCAAGACCCUGGACUCGGUGGCCAAGGAGCGGGCGCGCCUGCAGCUGGAGUUGAGCAAAGUCAGAGAGGAGUACAAGGAGCUCAAAGCCAGGAAUGGUAAGAAGGAGUCUGAGCUGGAAGCAGCUCUGGCCCGACUGAGGGACCUGGAGGCUCUGCUGAACUCCAAAGACGCUUCUCUGUCUACUGCCCUGGGGGAAAAGCGCUCUCUAGAAGUCGAAGUGAGGGACCUGAAGGCCCAGCUGGCCAAGUUGGAAAGCAGCCUGACCGAUGCCAAGAAGCAGCUGCAGGAUGAGAUGCUCAGGAGGGUGGACGCGGAGAACCGCAUGCAGACCCUCAAGGAGGAACUGGAGUUCCAGAAGAACAUUUCCAACGAGGGUCAGCGUGAGAUGCGGCGUAGGCACGAGUCUCGCCUGAUGGAAAUAGACAGCGGGCGCCAACAAGAGUUUGACAUGAAGCUGUCUGAGGCCCUGACUGAACUGAGAGCACAGCACGAGGAGCAGGUCAGCAUCUACAAGCAAGAGAUCGAGAAGACCUACAACUCCAAGCUGGAGAAUGCUCGCCAGUCUGCGGACCGGAACAGCAGCAUGGUGGGCGCCGCCCACGAGGAGAUGCAACAGUUCCGUGUGCGAAUGGAGGGCAUGUCGUCCCAGCUCAGCCAGUUGCAGAAGCAGCUGGCGGCACGGGAGGCCAAGGUACGCGAGCUGGAGGAGUCGCUGAUGCGGGAGCGGGACAGCAUGCGCCGGCGCCUGGAGGACAAAGACCGGGAGAUGGCCGACAUGCGCAUGAGGAUGCAGCAGCAGCUGGACGAGUACCAGGAGCUGCUGGACAUCAAGCUGGCUCUGGACAUGGAGAUCAGCGCCUACAGGAAGCUGCUGGAAGGAGAGGAGGAGAGGCUGCGCCUCUCCCCCAGCCCUCCUCCCACCCGGGUCACGGUCACCCGCACCUCGGGCUCGGGCACGCACACCCGCGUGCUCAAGGCCGCCACCGCGGCCAGCAGCAGCCGCAACUCCUCCGGGAGCGUCAGUGCCAAGAAGCGCCGCCUCAACGACAACGACAGCGAAACGUCCAGCCUGGCAGGGGCCGUGACACGCACGCGCAUCGCCCAGCAGGCCUCCGCCAGCGGCCGCGUCACAGUGGACGAGGUGGACCUGGAGGGGAAAUUCAUCCGCCUCAGCAACAAGGCCGACGAGGACCAGCUUCUGGGUCACUGGCAGGUGAAGAGACAGGUGGGCACCAGCAGCCCCAUUGUCUACAAGUUCCCUCCCAAGUUCACCCUCAAGGCCGGCCAAACCGUCACUAUCUGGUCAGCUACAGGUGGCGGGACCCAUAACCCCCCCUCAGACCUGGUGUGGAAGACCCAGAACACCUGGGGCAGUGGAGACCUGUUCCAGACCACACUGAUCAGCGCCAAUGGAGAGGAGAUGGCCAUGAGAAAAGUCACCCGCACCCUAUUCCAGGAAGAAGACGAUGACAUGGCGGCCCACAGCACGUGCGGUGUGGAUAGCGAGUACAACCUGCGGAGCCGCACGGUGAUCUGCGACUCGUGCGGCCAAACGUCGGAUCGUGGUACCUCGUCGGGCGUGUCCAGUGGCUCCAUCUGCAGUAGUGGAGGAGGUCUGCCAGAGGGCCUCAUUGGACAAUCUUUUAUUGUUGGCAACAACCAACGCAGAAAGGGAGGUCGCCAACCGGAGAACUGCUCCAUAAUGUAGAACCAAACAGCAGCAGCACCUCACCUGAAGAAGAACCUCUCGGUCCACUUAUAGAAGAGACAGCAUUGUUUUGUAAUUCUUACCUUUGUUUUCCUUUCAAUUUGCAUUUGUGUUAUAUAUACUAUGAUCAACUAUAUAUCAUAUGCGACAAUUUGCAGUUAGUUUAGCUUUCGUACUUGUUUUGUGGAGUUGCAUGUAUCCAAUAAGACUUUUAUAUAUAUAUAUAUAUAUAUUCUAGCUUUGUUUUGCAUGAGGGCCAGGCAGUUGCUUGUUGUGUAUAGGAGCCUAGUCUAUGCUCAGGAAAAGAGGCAUCGACAGCUCUUCUUCCUCUGGUAGACUUGGAUACGUGUCAAGGUUUUAAGUCUUGAAGGCCAAGCUGUCAACACAUGACACGCACAUAAACCCUGCCAUGACGUACGUUGAGAUUUAAGAUCAAACCAGUUGAAACCUGGGGUCAUAUCCCUGGUGUCGGAAGAAUUAGGGAGGGAGGGAGGGAGGGAGGGAGGGAAUAAUGUAUGCAGCUGGGGAGGGAGACGCGUCUGGUCAUUCUACAACUUUAGCCAAUGGAGCCAUUUAAAAAAAAUCGAUAUAUUUUUUAAAGAUGGACCUGAAUGGCUUUUUUGGGGCUGUGGUAAGAAUUAUUAAGCCAUAUUUGCAUUGCAACAUCGAUACCAAUAUUACAUUUUCUGUAGGUUAUGCUUGCUUUCAAGUUUACUUUUGCUUUUGCCAAAAAAUACAUAUGUAGUUGAUGAUAGUUUCUAUACAGUGUCAUUUCUAAAGAUUAAUAUUACUAACAUUAUCAAUGACGUGAAACCUGUCAAACCAAGUCAGUCGUUUUUUUUUUAUGAGUAUGGCUGCUUGAUAUAUUGAUUCCAUCUCUGUGUUGUGCAGCGUCUGGAAGGAUAGAACAUCUGUUGAUUUGGGUGAAAUUAGAAUGGACACGUUGUUUAUGCACCAGUUUUAUGGAUGAUAAAAAAUGACAUAGGUGCUUUUUCUUUCAAGAAAAUUGUACUUGGUCAAAUGUCCAAAAGAUGUAUUUGGCUAGUCCGAAAUUAAUUUGUAAUUGACAAAAGAUGGUGCUUUAUUUUAUAGCAAAUUUACUCUAUUCACUUUAUAGAUUUAGGUAAAGUGUAUGGAUCUUCUAUCAGACCACGUCAGUGUCAAAGUAGUUAGUAGUAAAAAAAUAAAUGAUGGUGGGAACUGUGUAGUACAAUUCUUAUUCAUUUUACAGAAGAAUCCUGGACCAUGCUGUAGUAUUGCAAUUGUUUAUUUUGGUUUUAACUUGCUUUGCUUGAUUUAGCUGACACUUUUUGGGGGGUUUUGGUGGUGGGCUAUGAGGGAUACAUAUUUCUUUGGACUUUGUGUAAGUGCUGCAAUUUUCCCCAGAUUUACCUGUAAUGCUCACUACUGUAGGUAACAAUUUAGCAGCUUGACAUUGUUUGUACUCCAAAGUGACGCAUAUUGAAACUGAGAAUAUUUUCUGAGAAUACUUGACAGACCAGUGACUUUAUUUUGUAUUUGUUUUGUAAUUCAUACAAGUUAAAACCAAAUAGCCUGUCUACAUCACUAUAUUUAACUGAUUGCAGGGCCAAAAUUCUAAUGUACUUGGAUGCAAGUGAAUAUUGGAAAUGCAAUUUUUCUGGUAUUAUUCGCGAUGCCAAAAAACACAUUUUGUAUUUGUCUUCUGAGGCAUGAGAUUUAUACUUUUAUAGAUUAUUUGCAUAUUUGUACUUAUGUCUGCCAAAACAUGUUAAGAGUUAUGCACAUUGUCUGCAGAAGAUGAUUUAUGCAAAUGUUGUGCCUUAUAAAGGAUGGCAAUAUGCCUCUUUUCAAUAUCAGAUAUUUUAAAACAUCAAAUAUUGUAAAGAUGGUCAAUGCCUGUGUAACUGCCUUAAUACAUUGCCAGUUUGUACAUUUGAGUAUAAACAGUAUGCAGGCCUUAUGUCAGAUCAUUAAUAAUAAUAAUUCAUUAAUAAUUAAUUAGUUUGAAGUAGGAUUUGGUCAAGAAAUUGUAUUUGAAAUGAUGUUUGACAUGGAAUUGCUUUGCAAUCAAUCAAAUGUGCCAUUUUGUCAUUUCUGUUUACGGUCAUGCUAAGUAAAUGUAUUCUCCCAA